UGUCAAGGAAGGAAAAACAAGUAUCCUGACCUCCGGGGUAAUGGAAAUUCAAAGGGGGAAAGACACUACCACCCUGAAUCCCCACCGAUUAUAGAGAGAGACCCGUCGCUUGCUGGUCCCCGGACGCCAGGGGCGCUAACUGCAGCUCGACCCGCCUGCGCCGCAGGCAAAGCCGCUUCACGGGAAAACCGGAUUCGGGAAGUGUGAUUGGCAGCAGAUUGGUAAAAUGGCUGGAAACGCGGGUUGUCUGAACAGAACCUGACUGCUGGGUCGCCACAACAGGGCUUUUGCACAGAAGUUGUUCAAAUGUGUGCAGCCAUGGAGAAGGGAAAAUAUCUUUCGAGCGGCGGAUUUCCGCGAGCAGAGACCAAGGAUUUCACUCAUUAAAGCGAAUAGAACUGGGAUUGUUUAUAAUAAACGGAAGGAUUUAUCUCCCACGUUAUGAAGAAAAGUCGCAAUACAGUUGCCACAUUUGAAUGAGCCUAUUGAUCAAACUGAAAUAACUAAAUAUACGAUUUAUCAAAAUAAAACAUAUGGAAAGUCUUAAAGACUUAAGACUUAAAUCUUAAUAUAUGAAACCUCCAAACAGUGGAAUUCCUGGUAAAUGUUGUUUUCCCCCAAAGGGUGAUACUGAUUUGUUUAUAUAAAAUGAUGGCACGCCGCGACCCCCAUCAAGGAACGCACUCUAAUUAAUCACAGAGGCUGAGCGAUCAUUUAGUUUCCUUCCCGUCAAAGCGCCACCAUUCAGAACUGCAACGGCCUGCGACCCAAACCAGGCAACUGGGCGCUGCAACAGAACGAGAGGAGAUCAGAGCAGCGACACUUUCUCCCUCUCUCUCUCGCCCGCCCUGAGUCAGAUCGUCCCGUUUCGUCAUGAGCUAAACUCAGAGUCACACAGAGGAAACAAACAAUGAGGGAGUCCCGUCUGUAGCUCCCCGAAAUCCACCCCGGGGGAAGAGAAGAAGCAGAAUCCCGCUUCAGUCGUUCUCCACUUCAGCCUUUACUGGUUUACAAGGCAAAAAAAAGGGGGGAGAAAAGUCGAGGUGUUUGCAAUGGCCGGAGUUCUGUGCAAAACUUUGUACGCUUUUUCCGGGGACCAGCAUCAACACGGGCUGAAGUUCGAGGCUGGGGAGAUUAUCAAGGUCGUACAGGUGCUGAACGGCGGAUGGUGGGAAGGUGAAAAGGAUGGUGCGAGGGGAUGGUUCCCUGCCAGUUACGUGGAGAUUUUAGAGAAACCUACUCCAGUAAGCUCUCAGACAAUUGAGGAAAUGGCUCACUCGCCCUUGCCACAUGGUUGGCAGUGCUACAUGUCACCACAGGGUCGGAAGUACUAUGUCAAUACCUACACAAGUGAAACAACCUGGGAAAGACCAACCAGUACUCCAGGGACCCCAAAGAGUCCAAUGACACAGAUGAAUUCCAUGCUCACAGUGAAUGGCUUUCACUCCUCGGGGAGUCUGUCACACCAUUCAGAGUCUCAGCACGUGUCCUUGAGAAAGACCAGCAGUGAUCCACAGAGCCCGGGAGUGGGGUCACCCGCCCGAAGACAGAGCAAAGAAAGUCACAUCACGAUAAAUUGCAUUACAUUUCCCCAUCCUGAUGCAAUGACUGAACAGCAGCUUCUCAAACCAGGUGAUUGGAGCUACUGCGAUUAUUUCUGGGCUGACAAAAAGGAGACACAAAGUAAUAACUCGAUUGCUGGAUUUGAUAUUAUCCUUGUGAAACAGCUCAAAGGCAAACAAAUGCAAAAAGAAAUGGCGGAGUUUAUCCGGGAAAGGAUUAAAAUUGAAGAAGAUUAUGCCAAAAACCUGGCAAAACUUUCCCAGAGUCCUCUGGCUGGCGUAGAGGAAGGAACUCUAGGAGAGUCUUGGGCACAGGUGAAGAAAAGUUUGGCAGAUGAAGCUGAGGUUCAUCUGAAGUUUUCAUCCAAGCUGCAGAGUGAGGUGGAGAAACCACUGCUAUCAUUCCGAGACAACUUCAAGAAGGAUAUGAAGAAGUUUGACCACCAUAUAUCCGACCUUCGCAAGCAACUGAGCACUCGCUACGCUACAGUGGAGAAGGCUCGAAAAGCUUUGGCAGAGAGACAGAAGGACCUGGAGUUUAAGACUCAACAACUGGAGAAUAAGUCUACUUACAAAACAGAGGAAGACAUCAAGAAAGCCAGGCGGAAAUCGACACAAGCAGGUGAUGAACUGAUGCGCUGUGUAGACCUGUACAACCAAACCCAAUCAAAAUGGUUUGAAGAGAUGGUCACGACAACUUUGGAGCUGGAGAGGUUGGAGGUUGAAAGGAUUGAAAUGAUUCGGCAACACCUCUGUCAAUACACACAACUUCGCCAUGAGACAGACAUGUUCAACCAAAGUACUAUCGAGCCAGUGGACCAGCUGCUUCAGAAGGUUGACCCUGCCAAGGACAGAGAACUCUGGGUAAAAGAGCACAAGACAGGUCACAUCCGGCCGGUGGACAUGGAAUUAUAGAGUAAGCCCUUUGCUGGAAUGAUUUUCUUUUCCACAUGCAUUAACUGAGCAGUUAGCUGCUGCUGCUCUUCUGGUGGAUGGAUUGUAUCAAGGAAUCAAAGUGCAAUGGAAGUGACAGUGCAAGCUCAUUACAGAGUGCCUUUUGUGUAUAUGAAACAAAAAAAAGUUUAAAUAUUUAGCCAUCUGUGUCAAGCAGUUUGUAUUUUGUGCUAGUUUGAGUUUUCUUGCAAAUCAAACUGUCCGUUCACCAGCAAUGGUGGAAAGGCUUUCUCUUGCAUGCUAAGCAUGUAUAUAAAAAGAGUGCUUCAGCUGUCAUGGUUUCUGUGUCCCACCUGCCCACCCCUCGACUCUCCUUACAUUCCUGAAAACAGUGUGGUGUGGCUGUCCCUUGAUUAGUACAGGGCACUUUCACAUGAAAACCAUUUCAGACUUCUGACUUUCCCCCCCCAAUUUUGCAUUCUCAGCCAUGCGAUAGGUCUUGCAAGUAGCCACAUCCAAACUUUAUUGUAUCUCAGAACCAGAUUAGCUCAAAAUUGAAGAGUAAAUGUAAGAGAUCUGUUAAGGCUUUUAACGAUCAAGUGUGUUGUUCCGUAUAUUCUGAAUAUGAACAUACUAGUGUAAAUUAUCCUAGUGUCUGUACGUGAUUGGAAUUCUAGUUCCAGAUUGUCAGGAGCUUCUACUAAAAGAACCACCAGUGAGUUAAAAAUGUUUCACUUAAAUUCACCAAGUUAUGGAGCUGGAGUUCAGCAAGAAUUGAGGUUCUGCAUUAACCUCUGCAGAAAGGCAGCCACCUCCACCCUCUCUUGGCUGGAGCUUGCAACUUAAGUGAUUUUUAUUUUGUUUACUCAAAUAACUGGAGAGUUUUCUGUGUAAGUGUCUUGCACUUUGUCUGCACCUCCUUAUCCGUUUGACUGUGCAUAUAGUCAGUACUUGAUGACACAUCACAGCAGCCUCUUCUGUGCUUGAGACUAUUUUUGCAUCUUUUUUUCUCUGUUCAAUCAUUUGCCUCUAAUUUUGCUUGCUUGGUGUAAAUAAAUACUGGUUCUUUGUGCACUAAUUAUUAAUGUUUUGAAGCAGAUUUGAUUGGCUUUUCUUGGCAGUCAAAUGGCAUUCUGCCUAAAUAAGCCGGUGAAGCAUUUCCUUCCCUCCUGGAGUCUUUCCUUGGAGGUCAGGAGCAAGAUAUCUGUCUGGUUCCACAUGACAUUGCUUAGUAUGCAAAUACAUGAGCUGAUCCUAUUCGAAAAUCUUGUUGUGCAGAUGUCAAUGUACCAGUCAAGUAAUGAUAGAUUGAAAUUGCACAAAAUAAAUUCAUUAGAACAGCCAUAAAGUAAUUCUGUCUGCUAAACCAACAACUUCAGCAUAAAUGGAAUAUUCUCUCUUAAUGUUGCCUUGAGAGUUUUUCCAUCUGCAUACAGCUUCUUUGACUCAUGUUGCUAUGGAUGAACACACAAAUGCUGCAGGAACUCAGCAGAUCUACUGAGGAUGAAGUCCUAGAUCUAGGAAGUAGACAGUGCUACAAAUGCAGAUUUUCUUGUGUUAUGUUCCACUUGACUAUCUAAAGCAGGGGUUCCCAACCUAUGUCAUGAUCCAAUACCAUUAAGCAAGGGAUCUGUCGACCUCAGGUUGGACACCCCUGCUCUAAAGAGACUUUAAAAACACAAUCACCUCCAUAGCAACGUUAAUGCAGAGCACUGUCAACACGGCCACUGCAGUUAGCUAAGAUUUCAAUGGAGAUGUACUGAAUGGAGGAAUGAUUCGUUCCAUUUAAUAAUUGCAUACAUACCUCUCAUAAAACCAAGUGAAUCCAACAGGUGAGAUUUAGAGUGCUGUCAACUAAGAUUGAUUUGGGCUGCUUUUCUGUUGUUAACUUAAGGGCAAAGAUGAUUAGAAAGGCACCAUAUAGAAACCAUGUAGCGGUUUAAUUCAGCCCCCCUCAUGAAAGGAUGGACUGAUGAACAAUUUAAGGGGCAAACUGUUAAAUUGUCCUUUGGCACCUGGGAUUUUCCAGCAAUAAGUAGAGAUGACUGGUUUACAAAGGACAGAGAGGCAAGCUUCCUCUCUGGAAAAGCUGCUUGUGCUGAAUUUUGACCUUGCUAAUCUUUAUAUAAGGGAGGACAGACAAGUUUCAAAUGACCUCAACAGAUUUAAUUCCAAUCCUGUGCAUCUUAACAUGCUAACUUAGCACUGCAGGAUCUAGCUCUACUGGUGCUAUUCUCUGCUUUUUUUUAUAUAGAUAGAAGACAAAUUUGAAUAUGAUGUGAUACAUAGUUAACAGUUUAUACAAUGUUACUGGAGAGCAUUUUAUCAAUGUAUGACUAACUUGCCCACAACUUUUUCAAGCACAACUGCUUUUUGUAUAUCUUAAAUUCAUUUGGAUUUCAUAAACCAAUAACCUUGUUACAAUAGUGCAGUUUCUCUACGAUAUUCUGAAUUUCUAUAUACUAUAAAAGGGGAUGAUUAAUUUUCCAUAAAACAGCAUGUUGUCUGACCAGAUGGCCGUUACUUAUGAUGUUUUCAUGUGAAAGUACCCUAAGAUGGAUUUAAACUGUAUCUGCAGCAACAUAAUGUUUCUUAUUUACCACUUCGUGUAUGUUGCUUUGAAUAUUGUGCAAGUUGUGAUAAAUGUCCUCUAGUUAAAUUGAUGUUAUUAAAAACAUUCACACUCUCAAUGAAAAGGAAAUUGCUUUUAAAGGCUGUAGCUGCUAAAAUCAGAAUGUUUUAUGUACAAUAAAUGACAUUUAAAUGAAAUGACUGGUCUAGUGUCUGUUUUAAAUAUCUCAUGAGUCUUCAUAAAUAUAUGUGCAAAUCAUUGCUAUUUGAACCAAACAUAACUUUGGUUGAUGGCUCUGGAGAUGCCAUCAAGAAUCUUAAUGUUGUCGUUUGAGUAGACUGAAUUGCUUAAGGGGAAACCUGAUUUAUUGGAGUCCAACAUUAGCUUGCAAAUCACCACGGGCUCCUUCAUCUUAGCAACUAAAACCCCUUCCAAAUGUUUUGAUAUAAUUAUAUGUGAUUGUUCUUUUACCCUUGCCCUAACUGAUGCAUCUUUUGAGUUCCCCCCCGUUGUGAAUGUUUGUUUAUUUAUUGAGAAGCUGCACAGAGUAGGCCCUUCCUGCCCUUCAAGCCAAGCUGCCCAGCAAACCCCCGAUUUAAUCUGAGCCCACUCACUGGACCACUUACAGUGACCAAUUAACCUAUGUCUUUGGACUGUGGGAGGAAAAAAUGCACACAUUUAUGGGGGGCGGGACACACACACAUGUACAAAUUCCUUACAGGCAGUGGCGUGAAUUGAACCUGGGUUGCCUGUACUGUGAAGCGUUGUGCUAAUCACUAUGCUAUCUUGGUGAUCAUGAAUUCCAUUUUCAGAAAAGGAUUCAAUUAACAACUGAAGUGACAGCAUUAUUGACUUCCUUUUACCACUCCAGACUGGUGUAUGUCCUUGCAGCACAGAUGGGGCAGCUGGAAGGUGUGCUGUUUACACACUCGUAUGCCUGACACCUGGCCUUCAGGUUCUCACCACCAUUCUGAAAGCUUCUUUUCAGCUUUGGUUACGGGUGGAGGAUUCCCAGGAGUCUGUAGGGAUAAUGCGCCUUUCCAAAGGAGGUUUUGCCAAUGUCCUUGAGUCACUUUCCUCAGGCUAUCUGGGAAUGUCUUGCCAUUAUGUAGUUCAGAAUAGUGCUGACCAGGCAAAUGAUGUGGCCUGCUCAAUAGAGCUCUGAGUGUUAGCUGGGUUUCAAUGUGGGAGAACACUGGUGUCAAACAGGACAUUAACAUUGAUUUGCUUAUCUACCCAUUGCAUUUUGAGGCUUGCUGCAGAGUCAGCAUCUGUAGUGCUUAAUUUGUAACACAACAUUUACAAUAGUAAUAGU